AUUGUCAGGAUCUUCUUCAUGGUGAUUGGUUCAAGUUCUUGGCGUCUUUCAGCCUCAUGCAAUGCCAAAACCCCGCACCAGUCACGCACCUCAUGAUUGUACAUUAUGCGAGAACCGCACCAAUACCCCAACGACUUGACAUAUAGAGAUGGAUCCUAUCACUGUUGCAUCCAAUGCCGUCUCCUAUGUCGUCUGGCUUAUCACGACCGCUAUAUUGUUUCGCAACUAUGUCAAGGGAAGAGAAGGACUCCUUGACAGGCAGAAAUGGAAGAACAGUGUUCGCCUUGGUCCCAGCGGAAAGCGAUUCCACGGUGCCUGCGAUAUAGCACUUGCAGGAGAGUCGCGUUGGCAAUACCUUUGGGACGAUGAAGUGGAACCCGUACCCCAAGGCGAGACAACACACCAUCUGCCUCCGCAGGACGAUCAGGGUAUACGACUAGUGGUGAUAGAAGCAGGAUCUGAUGGUUCUGAGGACACAUUUCCAGUUGCUACGGGGUUCAUGCAACUUUCUAGGGAAUGGCAACAAGCUUCACCGGACGUGUCGUAUCAUGUCACAACGUAUGAGACUGGAUGGCCCGUUAAAGCCACAAGAUUCAUUAGAGUUUGGGAAGGAAAUCAGAAGAGACGCGCUCUCAUCAAAUGCGAUACGUAUGCACGGAAACGACCCAGCGAUGGUUUCCCAGACUUCUAUUCCGCAAAACAAAUCAGCAUAGAACUCAAGUUAUUAGAUGCAUCUUACAUCGCCGUUCGAUCCAAGGACAACUGGAAGCAAUUAUUUCUGCUGCAGUUCCACCACGCAUGCUUGAAGCUCUUUAUCGAAUUCCUUAAUGCCUUGGAAACGGAUGAAAUCGACAAUGCAGAUGAUGCAGCCAUGGAUCCCAGCUUAGCAGAGCUUCGACAAUGGAACUUGAAAACAAUCACCAAGCGGUCGUACGAGUAUCGAGACCUUGCAGAGAUGGGCCGCAAAUUGAUAUCCACCACGGAAUGUCUGAUUGAUGUAGCAAGAUCAAUAUCUCCAGUCGUCGAUUCGCCAGUUCAUGCGAAUAGGUUCAUGGCCAUUGACAUGGAAUUGCGAGGUUUCUGUCGGGAGGCAAACGAGCAACUUCAGAAAUUCUCAGACCGACUUGAUCACGAUCUCAAAUACCUUGAACUCGCGCGGAACAUCAACCAGACAAGGGGCGUUCAGCAGCUGACGCUUCUAGCUACCAUUUUUCUACCUUUAUCACUCGCCGCUGGUGUUCUGAGCAUGCAAACGAGAUUCAAAGAUCUAGGAACACUGUUGUACGACUUCUUCGGCGUGGUGGUGCUCCUCGCGGCUAUCGUUCUCGUCAUCAUGAUCAUGAUGAGUCUUGUGUCUGUCGUGAAUGAACUGGAUAGUAAGUUCCUUCGCAAUCGAGUUUAUAGAGAGAAGGUUCGAGGAAAGGCGCUAUUCACGAUCAUCACCGGGUUCUUUAUAUUUGGGUGUCUGAUGUUAUCGUCCUUCUUGGUUGGGAUGUUCAAAGACGUUUCACUUGGUGCCAAGAUCUUGGGAUAUGGUGUUGCAGCGAUAUGUGGUGUAUGGAUAGCUGUGCUUCUGUUAGUUAUCGGGGGCAUUCUGAGUUUGGAUCUGUUAGGUUGGUAAGGGCGUGCUAGUCAAAGCGAGAAUAAAUUCAUGAAUACGAGCAGAAGCUGGAGGCUCAAGUUAUGAACGUUGUUCUGGAGGGUUAGCCUGAACAUGUCAAGUGUGGAAUGAACAAAGAGGAUCCAGUGAAACAUAUGCUCGGCAUCUCCUCUUUACCUUGAUUAAUGCAUGGGCUGCC